ACUGCCGAGUGUGUGUCUACUGCCUAGGGGAGACCCUGGCACUUGCACCUGUCCCUCUCCGUCUCCGCGGCCAGGCGCAGUUGUCGAACUGGGAGAGCUGAGAGAGCAGAGCGACGCACUGUAUACUUGCCAGGCAGAGCAGAGAGGAGAGCGCGGAUCCUCAGCCUGUACACGGAGGGACACAGAGCCAGAGCAACAUGACUUCAUCCUACAAUCUGGAUUUCCUGCCCGAUAUGAUGGUGGAGAGCCGCUUGCUGGUUCCGGGCGAUAGAAUUAACGGCACGGCCGGGAAGAUGAACGGUGCGUUGGAGCAUUCGGACCAGCCCGACCCCGACGCCAUCAAGAUGUUCGUGGGCCAGAUCCCUCGCUCCUGGUCAGAGAAGGAGCUGAAGGAGCUGUUUGAGCCCUACGGCGCCGUCUAUCAGAUCAACAUCCUCCGAGACCGCAGCCAGAACCCUCCACAGAGCAAAGGGUGCUGUUUUGUCACGUUUUACACACGGAAAGCUGCCCUUGAAGCCCAGAACGCACUGCAUAAUAUAAAGACCUUAACAGGGAUGCACCAUCCCAUUCAGAUGAAGCCUGCAGACAGUGAGAAAUCAAACGCGGUGGAGGACAGGAAGCUGUUCAUCGGCAUGGUGUCGAAGAAGUGCAAUGAGAACGACAUCCGAGUCAUGUUCUCUGCGUUCGGACAGAUCGAGGAGUGCCGGAUCUUGCGAGGGCCCGACGGUCUCAGCAGAGGCCUCAGCCAGAGGGAAGCCAACGUUAAGGGAUGUGCGUUUGUCACGUUUUCUACCAGGGCUAUGGCACAGAAUGCAAUCAAAGCCAUGCACCAGUCUCAGACUAUGGAGGGCUGCUCGUCUCCCAUCGUGGUGAAGUUUGCCGACACGCAGAAGGACAAGGAGCAGCGGCGCCUGCAGCAGCAGCUUGCUCAGCAGAUGCAGCAGCUCAACAACGCCACCACCUGGGGGAGUCUGACAGGGCUGGGCGGCCUCACCCCGCAGUAUCUGGCUGUAAGAGGACACGCCGCGUCGCCCACCCCUUACUGCAGCCCCGCAGCCAACGCAUCCGUCGCCGCCGCAUUGCUCCAGCAGGCCACCUCCUCCAGUAACCUUGGAGCCUUCAGUGGGAUCCAACAGAUGGCAGCGGGCACCACAGCCAACUCCUCGGGCAUGAACUCUCUGACCUCUCUGGGCACUCUGCAGGGCCUGGCUGGCGCCACCAUGGGUCUGAACAACAUUAAUGCACUAGCAGGUAGCGUCAACAGUAUGGCGGCCCUGAACGGAGGCCUGGGCGGCGCGGGGCUGACCAACGGCACGGCGGGCACCAUGGACGCGCUCACACAGGCCUACUCAGGGAUCCAGCAGUAUGCAGCCGCAGCCCUGCCCACCCUCUACAGCCAGUCCCUGCUGCAGCAGCAAGGUGCCGCCGGCAGCCAGAAAGAGGGGCCUGAAGGUGCCAACCUGUUCAUCUACCACCUGCCCCAGGAGUUUGGGGACCAGGACAUCCUGCAGAUGUUCAUGCCUUUUGGAAACGUGGUCUCUGCCAAAGUCUUCAUUGACAAACAGACAAACCUGAGCAAGUGCUUCGGCUUCGUCAGCUAUGACAAUCCCGUGUCGGCGCAGGCAGCCAUCCAGGCCAUGAAUGGCUUCCAGAUCGGCAUGAAGAGGCUGAAGGUGCAGCUCAAGCGCUCCAAGAACGACAGCAAACCAUAUUGAUCUUAGCACUAGGGCCUAUCUGCUCCCAUGUUACCACUGCUAGGAACCCAUCUCCAUGCCUGUUAGCUCAUCGUUUGCCUAGCAUGUCUCUGUGGCGUGGCGUCCAAAAACCAAAAAAAUACAAAAAAGUCUCAUCGUCCCGUCA